AUGAAGUUACCUUUUGAGGAAUUUCAAGUGAAGGGAGUGUUGGAUUAUUUCUCUUCAACUUCAAAUUCAACUUCAACUUCAAAUUCAACUUCAGAUUCAUUUUCAUUGCUUUUGAAUCAACCACAACAACAACAUCAGCAACAGAAUUGGACAACGUUGGAUAAACAAGAUUAUUGCUAUGUGGAGCCCACUUCUGUUCUUGAUUCAAGAAGAAGCCCUAGUCCUCCAAUUUCAUCUUCAACAAUGUCAUCUUCUCUUGGUAGUGGUUCAAACAACAACAACAACAAUGCUUCCAUGGUAGUUUCGGAGAAUCUCGCUCGGCUUUCGAACUCGAACGAAGAGGGUUUGGAGAAUAGUGAAGAGAAAUGUGGUGGUGGUGGUGGUGGUAUGAGAAUGGAGGAUUGGGAGGGACAAGAUCAGUCGCUUUUGAGGUUAAUCAUGGGAGAUGUGGAAGACCCUUCUGCUGGUUUGAACAAAAUCUUGCAAAAUAGUGGCUGUGGUUCUGAAAAUGCAGAUUUUCACGGCGGUUUCGGUGUUUUGGAACAUCAUCAACAACAACAAGGUUUGAACAUUGACCCUUCUGUUGGGAAUUACAAUGUUUUUCCUUUCAAUGCUGAGAAUUUGGAUAGUCACAAUGUGAAACCUGGUAAUGAAUCUAUGUUUGGUAACUAUCCUAUGUUGACAUCAUCGUCGACAACUUCCGGUGUGUUUUGUUCUCAGCAGCAACAGCAACAAGGGUUUGGUGUUGUCGACGAGAAGCCCCAAGUUAUUAACCCUAAUUUUAUGAUGAAUCAUAAUCAAGUUCAGUUUGCUGAUAAUCCGUCUUUCUUUGUUCCAUUGCCGUAUCCUCAAGUGCAAGAGCAACAAGUUUUUUCUUCUCAGAAUCAGUUGAAGCGGCCGCUUUUUGAUACGGUUGGACACAAUUAUCCGGUACCGAGGCUACCGCUUUUGGAUUCUGGUCAAGAAAUGUUUGCUCGGAGGCAUCAGCAGCAAACACAGCUUCCGUUGUUUCCUAAUCAUCAUCUGCAGCAGCAUCCGCAACAACAGCAUCAGCAAUCGCCGGUUGUUCCCUUUGCGAAGCAGCAGAAGAUGAGUUCUACUACUACUACUAAUACCGGAGACGAUCAGCUUCAGCAGAGUAUAUUUGAUCAACUAUACAAAACUGCUGAGCUGAUAGAAGCUGGUAAUCCGGUUCAAGCGCAAGGGAUAUUGGCGCGGCUCAAUCACCAGCUCUCACCAAUUGGUAAGCCUUUUCAUAGGGCUGCUUUCUACACCAAGGAAGCUUUACAACUAAUGCUUCAUUCGAACAGUAACAAUCUCAAUGCUUUUUCGCCGAUUAAUUUCAUAUUCAAAAUCGGUGCUUAUAAGUCUUUUUCCGAGAUAUCGCCUGUUCUUCAGUUUGCUAACUUUACUUGUAAUCAAGCCCUUAUUGAAGCCUUGGAAAGGUUCGAUCGAAUUCAUGUUAUUGAUUUUGAUAUCGGGUUUGGAGUACAAUGGUCUUCUUUUAUGCAAGAGCUUGUGUUAAGAGGUAACGGCACACCUUCUCUUAAGAUUACCGCUGUUGUAUCACCCUCGUCUUGCAACGAGAUUGAGCUCAAUUUCACCCGAGAAAAUUUGAGUCAGUAUGCAAAAGACCUCAACAUGCCGUUUGAGUUCAACGCAUUGCACAUUGAAUCGUUGAGCUCACCGUCGUUUCCUCUACCGGGUCAUUUAUUUGAUAACAACGAGGCCGUUGGUGUGAACUUUCCCGUCUCAAGUUUUAUAAACCAUCCAUCGACUUUCCCUCUGGCCCUUCACUUUCUCAAGCAGCUGAGGCCGAAAGUUAUCGUCACAUUGGAUAAAAACUCCGACCGAAUUGACUCGCCUCUUCCUACCAACGUUGUUCACGCACUUCAAUCUUACUCAUCCUUGCUCGAAUCACUUGACGCUGUAAAUGUGAACCUCGAUGUACUCCAGAAGAUCGAGCGCCAUUUCAUCCAACCAACCAUCAACAAAAUUGUCCUCGGCCACAACAACCGUUCACCCGACAAAUUACCUCCGUGGAGGAACAUGUUUCUUCAAUCCGGUUUCUCUCCGUUCACAUUCAGCAACUUCACGGAAGCGCAAGCCGAGUGUUUGGUUCAAAGGGCACCGGUGCGAGGAUUUCAAGUCGAAAGAAAGCCUUCAUCUCUUGUUCUAUGCUGGCAGAGGAAAGAACUCAUCUCAAUUUCAACUUGGAGAUGCUAA